UUUUUAAAUCAAUGAGGUAGGUUAGGAUGAUGGCAAAAACAUGGGAUAAAGGUUCCAAAGAAAUACCCUGCUGUGAUUUGUUUUGCCAUGGAAGAGGCUAACAGGAGAUAAAUUAUCAAUAUUCGUAAGAGGCCCUAAUGCUUACCGGGUAGUUUAGUCAACCAUGUCAAGGCAAGCUCACCUUCCACCCCGCUGCCCAUUUCAAAAAGGAACUGCAACUCGCCCAAUUCAUGAUUCUUACCCUCGACACCAAAAAUCUAUAUCACAAAGCUCCAUUUUAGAGGAGCAACCGGCAUGGCUCGAUGACCUGCUGAGUGAUUUGGAUGCAAAUUCAAAAGGGAUACUCCAUCGUCGAUCCACUAGUGAUUCUGUGACCCUUUUAGAUGGCCUUGUUUCAUUACCAACUUUGCCUCCACUUAGUAAUGAAGAAAAUUUAAGUUCGAGCGAGACCGGUCGUGUCUUGGAGUCAGCUUGUAUGUAUGGUCCUAAUUCCCCUCGGAGAAAGGACAAAGUAACUUUUCCGGAGAAUGCCGUGGUUUCAGCAUUAUCAGAAUAUCUUCCUCAAAACCCUAUGCAGUAUACAGAUGGGGAUCUUAAUGUUUCCGGAAUGAUGCAAUGUGAUUUGGCACGAGAUGUAGGUGGAUCAGCUUGGGACGCCAAUAAUGAGACAAAGGCAAUGAAACGGCAUUCUGGGCAGCGCUCAAGGGUUCGUAAACUCCAAUACAUUGCUGAGCUGGAAAGAACUGUUGAUAAUUUGCAGACUUUGGAGUCGGAAUUGGCGGUAAGAGUUGCUUCUUUGCUUCAGCAACGCGUUGCUUUAUCAAUGGAGAACAGCGAAUUAAAGCAGCAGGUUGCUACUUCAAGCCUUCAACAGGAAAAAUUGAUUGUAGAUGGGCACUAUCAAUCUCUAAGAAAAGAAGUAGAGAGGUUAAAAUUGUGCUUAGCUUAUUCCUCCAACAGCAGUGUUGGUACAAAAUUCAGAUCCAGUUCCACCUCAGACGGCGGUAGCUUAGAUGCUUUGUGGCAGAUGUUAGACAUGGGAAAACUCGAUCUUAACUGAAGAAAUUGAACCCAUCUUUGCUCUGGAGAGCACUGUUCUUUAAAAGAAAUCUAUUGAAGAUGCUUCAACUUUGAUCGUCGUGGCCACUUUUGCUUAACUGCACACUUGCUUGUGUUUUAUGUUCUAGGAACUUACAUUCUGCCAAGUGGAAAUGGCUUUUCAUUUUUGUUCUUUUUCCGAAACAUGCACUGUUUUGAAAGGCCUUGCCUCAGUAAAAAUAAUCUUAGAUAACCCAGUAAUGUUAGGUCUGAGUCUCGACUUUGAGAAGUGUUUUGAUGAUUUUGAACAUAAUACCUAAUGCAAGUUGG